CGCUCCGAGCACGCAUGAGGAAGCUGCGGGUUUCUUCCUCCCGUUCAGCUGCUGGACCAGCAAGAACAGCUUUGAACCGGUUUAGUCGCCGGCUACAAAAGCGACGCUAAACGGAUGUACAAUGCGCAUUGUUGAGGCGGAGAGCCCGGUGUGUGCACGGACAGCACUGGACGCGGCCGCAGACAGCUGCGUGGGUGCGUGUGUGGGCUUUUUUUUUUUUUUUAUCGGGAAUGAUUCGGUGGGAUUCUUUAAUCCUGCGUGUGAAGUUCCCGUAGGGGCGCGCGCGCACAGCCCCGCUCCAGGUGCAUGCUGCUGUUUUCUGCACACUGAGGAUACCUCAAAGCUGUAGCACAUCUCAGAGGGGAGCAGUGACACAAUGGCUUCAUCUGCAAAGGUUUUGGAUGGCGGCUGGGGAUGGAUGAUAGUUGUGGCCUCUUUCAUGGCCCAGCUCCUGGCUUAUGGGUCCCCUCAGUCUGUAGGUGUCCUGUACCCUGAGUGGCUGCACGCCUUCCAGGAGAGCAAGGGAUUGACGGCCUGGGUGGGAUCGCUUGUUGCUGGAGUUGGCCUAAUAGCCAGUCCUGUGUGCAGUGCCUGCGUGGACAAUUUCGGCGCUCGUCCCGUAACCAUCUUCAGUGGUGUCAUGGUGGCAGGGGGCCUGAUGCUCAGUGCCUUUGCUCCAAAUGUCCAAUUCCUGAUAUUUUCCUAUGGGAUUGUUGUUGGCCUGGGCUGUGGUCUGGUCUACGCAGCCACGUUGACAAUCACCUGUCAGUAUUUCGACAAAAGACGUGGACUUGCCCUCGGCAUUGUCACCACAGGCACAAGUGUUGGCGCUUUCCUCUAUGCCACGGCUCAGAAUGAAUUGAUUGUGAUUUAUGGCCUUGAUGGCUGCCUACUGAUCAUCGGAGCUGUAGCACUAAACCUGAUGGCCUGCGCCGGCUUCAUGAGGCCCCUCAAUAUGCCAGGAUACUACCUCAAACAGAAGGCUGCCCUCGAACGCAACACAAAGGAGCAGCUUUUUGAAAAGCCCCUGGUUGAUGACCUGAAGAUCACACCGGGCUCUAUUGCAACCACUCCUGACAAAGUUCUGACAGUGAAGGAGCUACUCAUCACCAUUGAGACCAAGGAGUUGGGCAUUCAGAUGGAAAAGAAGAAUGGUAGCUUCCUGGCUGGUGUGGCCAUCAUGAAAUUCAUCAAGAAGAAGCAGCAGGCAUACACAACAUACAUGCAAUCCAUGUAUGAGAUUAUGCAGGACCAAGCCAUGGUGGCCUUCUGCAUUGCUGUCUUCCUGUUCAGCCUGGGUGCGUUUCCUCCAGUGCUCUUCAUUGAGGAUGUAGCACAAAGCGAGGGGCUCAUUGAGGAAGUUAGUGUGAUCCCUCUGGUAUCAAUAGGAGCCAUCGCCACAGGAGUGGGCAAAUUAGUGCUGGGUAUCCUGGUGGACAUCAGGUGGAUCAACAGCAUCUAUCUGUAUGCCUUCACAAUGUUCGCAGUAGGUGUGGCGCUGCUCCUUAUCCCUGUCACUAAGACCUACGUGGGAUUGCAAGUCCUGUGUGUCGUCUUGGGGUUUUUCUCUGGCAACUGGUCUCUCACCUCAUACAUUACCACUAAGAUUGUUGGUUUGCACAGACUGACACAAGCGCAUGGCCUCCUCAUGUUCUUUGGGGGUUUUGGGAUCAUGCUUGGCCCCCCUGUUGUAGGUUGGUUCUUUGACUGCACACUGUCAUAUGAUUUGGCGUUCUACUUCAGUGGCACCUGUGUGGUCUUGGGAGCGGUCAUUCUCUUCAUCCUCACCCUGCCCUGCUGGACCAGGGCAGAGUCUGUCCACAACAGGCCAGAUGUCCAAUACAUCAGCAACUGUGACAGAGUUGCCUCAGUAGCCUGAAUAAGGACGCACGUCUCGCUCAUACUGUCCAGCAACUGCCUGCUGAGGAAGCAUACUGAAGCCACCUCUGAGAGGAAAUUUCUUUUUUAAAUAACAGAAAGGCUUUCCCACAUUUCUGAGGCCAGUUUUUUCUAUAUAUAUUUACCAAAAGAUUUACUAAAGGCUUUCAAAUAAUUUUUUUCUGUACCUUGCCUGCAUUUCUCAGGUUCAUACCAGUUACAUCUUUUUACGCAUGAUGCCUGUGAUGUUUUUAUGGAUUUGUUAUUGCCUCAUUUUAUGAGAUUACCAAAACAAUAGUGGUACAACAAAUCCAACACUCAGUUGUAUUUGCGUAAUGACCGAUCUAUAACUUUUAAAGGUCUGUCACACCAUAACAGAAAGAAUGAGAUUUGGCACAGGUUUUGCACCAGGCGCCCUUCCAGACACAACUCCAGUUGUGCAAGGACAAUGGGGAUAGGUAGGCUUUUAAACUCCCGACCUUCUUGCCGUGAGGCAAAAGUGGUAACUGCUGAACCUCUUGCUUUAAUUCAAUAAUCGUAAAGCAACAAAAUCCAGGAGUUUGACCAGGAACACAUAAUACAGGGACUGGAAUAUCAGCGUGACUGCUGUGAUUAUUUGAAGACAUCAGCUUUUACUUUGUAUUCACACACAUAUUUUACUGUACUAAAGUCUGAAGCACCCAAGUGUUUGUGUAUACGUAAUUGUGAUUUUCUUUCAUCAUUUUUUGUCAUUGGUUUGUUAGUAAAAGACCAAAUAUGAAGUAUCCAAAUAUUAAUUUUCAAAAACAAAAAAGUAUCAGUCUGGUAUUUUUAACUACAGUAUCUAGGACUAGGCUGUUGGUGGUCACGAUUUUGUUUCCCUUCACGUUUUCAUGUCUUUGGUGAUGAUUCAUGUUCCCUUGCCUUCUCUUGUGAUAAGCAAUAUGUAUGAUCUGUCAUUUGACAAAAACAGGGUUCUCAAGCGUGUUAGCCAUUAGUAUACCAGCUUGCUCUGCAUCGUGUUUUGACUCCUCCCACUCGCUCCCCUCGGGACGCAAACUCACAGUCUCUGGCAUUGGAUGCAGACGCUCUGACCAGUUGGCUAAAAUCCCAGGCUCUGGCCUGAGUUGUCAGAGUAUCCUUUGCCCGUUUGGGGAGUGGGGCCUAUUGAGUACCAUAUGCACAGCAACUCCUACUGGCCUCCAUCACACUAGCAACCGGGAAAUAGUGGAUUGGGCAAUUACUGAUCCCGCUUCUUUUUUUAGUCUUCUGGCAAUGCUGCAAAUGCAAAAGAUUGAGUAAGUUUGUCCCUUUUGGGUUACUGUAUCAACAUCCAUGAAGGAGCCUGCUCCUCCAUAGAUAUCAUUCUAAGCUGAUUCUUAAUUUUGAUUUGUUGUUGCAGGAAGCUAAUCACUAAUGAACAGAUCGUCAUGAAUGCUAUAAUCAUUUUCUGCUAAAAAACACCCCUAAAUCCUACACAUUUAUUUUAUUUGUAUGGCACCAAGUCACAACAAUGCUGCCUCAAGGUGCUUCACAUGCGAAAGAUUUAACCUUACCAACCGUACACACUGUAACUUUCAUUUAAGAAACAAGUGUACUGAAGGAAGUAACAGAUCUUUUCCCAUCAAGGAAAACCUGAAUAUCAGACAACAAACAGAGACAAUCAUCAGUGAGUAGACUUAACCAACAGGUUUUUCUU